UGUUCUUUUGUUUUGUGAAAUUAAAUUCUAUUGAAAUAAAAUUAUGUUUUCUUAUGGUUGGGCAAAUUUUAAAAUUUUCGGUGUAAAUUUUUGGCCCUUUGAAGAUUAAAUCAACCACACUAUGACCAUUACUACAGUCGUAGGUACUUUUAUAUGGAUAUUCAUUUACUAUUGUCAGACUGUUUUCCUCAGCAAAAUCAAGCAGCGAGUCAAUUUUUCUGUUUUUAGUAUCCAGUCGGCAAUUAAAGUCUCCAGCCAAAAUGAAAUUUUCAAAAUUUUCAACAUAUUUAAGGAUUGAGAGAAGUUCAUUAGUCACUGUUGUAGAACGUAUCUUCGGAUUUAAAUAGCAUGUUACUACUGUAAUGUCAUCAAAAUUUAGAAUUAUGAAGUUUUCCAAAUAUUUCACAUUUAGUAAAUUUCCUAACCUAGAAUUAAAAUACACGGAAAUUCCCCUCAUCGGUCGCCCUGCCUCCUUUUGUGAAGCUAAAACUUGCCUUGAAUAAAAACCAGGAAUGUGAAGUGGUUUCUUUAAAAAUGUUUCCGUGAAAAGAAGAAUAUCAUAAUUUUGCAGUUCUGUUGCAAUCGGAGAUUCAUAUGCUUUCGUAAGCCCUUCACAAUUCCAAAGCCCUAAUUUUAAGUUACUCACGUCGCUGUUUCGACAAGGGAAAUCUAUAAAGAAAGUUUCUCACGAGCACCACAGUUGCGCUUGCUUCUCUCCCUGGGUGCAACAGUCUGCGAAUUAGGGGCAUCAUUUAGCUGCUCUCCGUCAUCCGGCUUCCCUCCAGUCUCUUCUUCUUCCUCUCCGGCCUCCUUUGGGUUGAACAAAUUCCCACAGUUUCCCCAGCGUUUGGAGACAUACUUGUUGUACAGAUGAACAGUGACAGGGACAUCUCGAAGUUCUUCGUACAGAGUGUCCAAGACCCAGAGGCGAUGCAGCCUGUCCAUGCCACUGCACAUGUAGGUCAUUGCAAUCUCAUCAAUCUCUUCCUCUCGAAUGACUUGGGCCAGCUUAGCAAAUGCAGUCUUCACUCCCUUUAGGAAAGGCUCAGGUGCUUUGUGCAACUUGUGGGGGGACCUCAUUUUAGUUACCACGUGAAACACAGUACCGUACUUUUCAGUCUUCUCUCUGAUGAUUCCGCCUAUUUCAGUCUUUCCCGGCUCAGCUUUCGGUUUGCCCACCGCCGCCGUAACCUCUUGUGCAGCCCCCAUGCUGGUCCAGAGAUCAGAGGCUAUGGCGUGUGCCUUUAUCUCUUGCUUGGCAUCCAGUAGACUGACCCCUUGAUGUUCAACAAACUUGACCUUGGCUCCCUCCACUGCGAGCGACUCAUCAUUCUUCAGGGCCUCAUCGAGUUGGGCAGAGCGAUCGAUGUAUUGGUUCACGCAGGGUGUGUCAUCAGCCUUUGUCAGAGGAGCAAUUGGUGGAUAAUAACCUCUCUGAUACCUGCCGUGAAAUUGCCUCCGUCUGUUAUCUGUACCGCUCGACUCAUUUUCUGCAUUCUUCUCGUAGAAAAGGACCUUCCGCUCAAGCUCCCUCAGCUUAGCCUCGUGCUUCUCAUCUCUCUCCUUCCAGGACAAACGUUCCUUUUCGAAUUCCUCCUGCAUCAAAGAUACUGUUUUACUGAACAUUUCGCCAAGUUGGUCAUUCUGAAUUUUGAGCUGAUUUGAGAAUUGCAGCGUGACAUGCUGGAAAACACGCUGAAUGAUUUCCUCCAACGUUACUACAGCUCCCGGAGGAGCCGGACCUCCUGCAGGGUUUGGCGCCAUCUCCUGUCCGGGGGUGGGUGGAGUUCCUUCGGGCCAUGCUGGAUGAUGGAAUUUUGCUCUAUUUUCUGUAUGUCCGUAAGAAGGGCCACAAUUUAUGGGUGGCUGGGCAGCGUACCCUUGUGGUGACCUCCACGGCACAUGUGCAGAUGCCAUGGCCUUCAACUCAGGGAAAAAAGGCGAAAUUAGACACACGACCCUCCUAAACCAGUGUUUUCCUUACCGAAGCAGUGCUGCCAACCAAAAGAUCAUUUGAUUGUCGUGGGUCAACAAAGUCCUGCAGGCCUUUCGAACUGGGUUGAGAUUUGGCGGUGGGUCUGGGCCGUGGACCAGCAUGAUGCAGCUUGUCAUGAGGUCAAUCGAAAUUCCAGAUAUGGAGCUGAACUGUGGAUUGUCCUGCGACUGGCUCAGAAAAGUAGCCAAGCGAUUUCCGAGUGAUCGCAAACUUUCAUCCGAUUGACUGUGUGGAACGUAGAGACUGAAGUGGAGUAUUUCUGCGCAUUGCAACAUCCAAAGGAAUUCUAAGGGAAGUGACUGAAAAAUAAUUUAUAUUUUCGUUAUACAAAAUUAUUUCUGCCCUUACGUAAUUCCUGACGAGUUUUCCGAGCGCAAUCUUGGAAAAUUUUUUGUCAGAUAUAAGCUGCUUGGCAACAAAAACCGUUGCCCGAGAUUUAUUCCUCUUUGCAGACUCAAGCAAAUCAUCUUGUUGGAAAGCAACUUCUUGCAAGAGUUUUUCAAAUUUCGCUGGGAAGUUCACUAUAUACUGCGAAGGUGCGUGAAAUGCAGAACUUUGGCUUGCGGGAAACGCAUCAUUGAAAAGGCGCUGAAAGAUAAAUAAAAUAUUAAUGGACGAAAUUAAUAAUAUAAAAUAAAAUUGAAACCUUUCUGCUGGUUGUUCCUGGAGUGUCGAGUUGUGAGUCGGACAUUUUUUAAAGAAAAUUCUUGAUCAUGACAGCCUGACAAGUGGGAAUAGCAUUAAAAAAAUAAUGAAAAAACUUCAACAGUGGAAUUCAACUCAAGAACAUUUUUCCAGUCUCAUAGGUCUAUCGAAAAAUGGCAAGAAAUAAAAAAAUGGAAAAUAAGCUGCGAAUAUUUUGGCUGUGGCGCGAACGGAAACAAAUGACGAUCGCUCCAGCUGGCGAGCCAAACAAAAACAAAAUCAGAGGGCGGCAGGCGGCAUGGUUGUGGUUCAUAUGUGGUUGUGAUGGUCCCGUCUGUAAAUUUGCAAUUUUUCGCUCCAGUUUUGUGUCCCUAGCUCGCCAAGAUGUUUUUCUUACGAACUUUCCGAAUGGUGGUCAAAAUCACUCCGAAUCUUUUUGGAAAAUCUCGGAACGAGUCGAUCUCAAACGAGCUGGACAAGAAACUGGCAAACAAAGUUGUGAUCAACGUGGGUCUUUGCAUUUGCCUGUACGACAUCACGCACAUCGGCGACUCGCACAUUAUUCCUGGUGAUGGAUCUGCUCACAUGAAGGUCACUUUCCGGUAUGUCGUCUUCUGCCCUUCCAAGGAAGAGACGAUCGAGGGAAAAGUGAAGCUGUGCGACAACGAAGGCAUCCAUGUCUCACUCACCUUUUUUGAUGACAUUUUGAUUCCUCCAAUGCACAUGCAGUGUCCGUCAAAAUUCAAUGAAGUGCAGAGCACUUGGAUCUGGAUGUACAAAGUUGACCAGGAGUCGGACCCUGUUGAAAUGGUUGUUGAAAAAGGUGAUGACAUAAGAUUUAAGGUGGUUGACCUGGAGUUCAACGACACAACCCCUAAGCCUGCUGACCAAACCGGAGGUGCCAUUCUGGACACAAGUAAGGACACCCCAUUCAGAAUUAUUGGCAAAAUAAGCGAGUCUGGUCUUGGUCUUCCAUCAUGGUGGAAUCAGGAAACUGAGGAAGGUGAAGAGGAGGAAGAUGCUGAAAUGGGGGAGGAAGCAGAAGAUGACGAGGAAGAUGUUUGACCUUAGUUAGUAUGUAAAUUUUUGUAAGAUAUUAAAACUUAUACUUUAUUGAAUAUUAUGGUCAAAAUGCACUUCUAGCCCCUGAAAAUUUUGGUCUGCCUCCCUGAAAUUCAAUUUUUGUUAUUCUUGUGGCAAAUGGGCCAGAAAUUUGACGCGGAAAAAAUUAAUUCAUUUUUUUUGUACAGUGAAAAUUUCAAUAAAAUUCGUGGGAAAUAUGCAUUUUGAAA